AUGAGAAGCUUCCAGGCUUUAGUUGCAGUUGCAUUUAUCUCACUAACUGCUUUCCAACCAUGCCUUGUCCAUGGAAACUCUUACAAUGACAUGUCCUUCAACUGGGGUGCCAAGCAUUCAUAUAAUUUUAGCAAUGGUGAUCUUAGUCUUGUUCUGGAUCGUGUUUCAGGAUCUGGUGUUCAAUCACACAACACAUUCCUUUAUGGAAGCAUUGAGAUGCUAAUCAAGUUAGUUCCAGGCAACUCUGCGGGAACUGUCACAGCAUUUUAUCUUUCCUCUACUGGAAACUAUCAUGAUGAGAUCGACUUUGAGUUCUUAGGAAACUCAUCAGGACAACCUUACACCAUGCACACAAACAUCUUUCUCCAAGGAAAAGCAAAUAGGGAGCAGGAGUUCACCUUUUGGUUUGAUCCAACUGCCGAUUUCCACAACUAUACCAUUCACUGGAACCCUAACGCAGUAGUGUGGUAUGUUGAUAGUAUACCCAUUAGGGUUUUCAGAAACUACAGAAGCGAAGGAAUUGGAUUCCCAGACCAACAAGGAAUGAAGGUGUAUUCUAGUUUGUGGAAUGGAGAUAACUGGGCAACAAGAGGUGGGCUGGUCAAAAUCGACUGGACAUGUGCACCUUUCAUGGCAUCUUUCCGAAAAUUCAGUGCAAGAGCUUGCAAGUGGAACGGACCCCUUAGCAUUAUCCAGUGUACCUACCCUACCCCAGCGAACUGGUGGACCUCCAAUGUCUACAAGAAACUAAGUUCGGAUCAGCAGGUCAAUCUCAAAUGGGUUAGAGAUAACUACAUGGUGUAUAACUACUGCACAGAUCACUGGCGUUUUAAGGGGAAGAUGGCGCCUGAAUGUUUUAAGCCACAAUACUAAGAGAAACAAGAUAUUCUUUCACAAUUACACCACAAUUCAUUUUCCAGUCUUAGCUUAAAAUUAACUUGGUUGUCCUUU